AUGAUCAAAACAAAACUUCAUAAAAAUCAAGAACAAGAAGACAUAGACGAUGGUAAUGAUAUCACUGACAAUGAUAAUGACGAUGAAGAAGUUUAUUCAGAAUAUGAAGAAAUUGGAAAUGUAGUUAAAGUGCCAAAUCAAAAUAUAUGGUAUGGGGCAGAUUCGAGAUAUCCAAUUACAUGUCCACUUGUUUUACUUGACAAUGUGAUACCAACAUUCAAUCUACAAAGUCGCCUGGUCGUCAGGUUGACACUUUUUAACAUCACAAAGCAAACAAUUUGCAAUUUAUUUUGUACACGUGUCACAAUUGAAAAGUGCUCAGAAAUAACAGUCACGCUGAGUGGAGUUGAGUCCACGUGUUGUGUCAACUGUUCUGCACUAUCUCUUGUGAUAGAAGACUUUGCAAACACCAUCAUAUUCACAGAAGUUGAACACUCGACUAUUGAAAGUCACUCCAAUUCCACAAUGUGGUCAAUGGUCCUCAACAAUUCUUCAACUAUUUCAAUCAAAAACACGACAAUUGAAAAUUUGAAAGCAACGCAAACAAACAACGUGACAAUCGCACACUGCACUUUGGGUAACAUCUUCUUUAAUAAAUGUUCACAUGUUUCAUUGGACAACACAAACAAACCAAUUAAGACUGGCAAAGUCAAGACAAAGUAUUUCAGUGAUGUCACCGCCUCACAUAUUCACGCACCACUCAACGGACAUUUCAAAGUGUUAAAUUCACAAUUAUCGCAAUUCACUAAUUUACCAACAAAUGAUUAA